GAUCUGUUCACUCUUUUAUUCUCUUAUUUAUUUUAGCAUUGGUCUCCACUCAUGCCAGGAGUGCCUUAAUUUCCAUCUAUGCUAGGUUCUCUAAUACUGUGGUUGUGUCAGAAACCAUUUAAAUCAGGAAACAGUUUGGCUUGUUGAAAAUAUCUCUUAGUUCAUCCAGUACUCUGUCCAACUUCAUAUGAAUCUAUUUCAUAACAAUCCUGCUCUGUUCCUGGGACUCAGAAAUACUUAUUUCAUGAUGUGAUGAAUUAAAAUGUUUAUCUUCAUAAAGUGUGUCCAGCCAGAGCUUAUUGGCUUUAGGAAUGAAAAGUUUCAAAAAAUGUCAGUGAACGUGCUACAUGUUGUCAUAGUCAUUCUAAUGAAUGGUCUGACCUCCAGUCUUCCUCUGAAGGCUGAAACCCGAUACCGCAGAGAAGCAGAAUCUUGCACAGAGUGUCCUCCAGGAACGUUUAUGUUGGCAUGUAACAAUUGCAAAACAUGUCCUGAAAAUACCUUCAUUAACAAGACCAACAAAGAGGACAGCUGCAUUGACUGCUUCAUGGACUGCAGAUCAGAAUUGCAUUUACAGGUGGUUAGUCCAUGCAGCAAGGUGGCUGAUGUGGUUUGCAAAUGUAUGAAAGGGUAUUAUUGUGAGAAGAAGGACGAGUACACAGGACAGUGCAAAAGAUGUAAACUGCAGCCACCUGAGCCUACCACCUCUCAGCCACCUGCACAGACCUCCUCCCACACCAUCACUCAGCCUAACUCUUAUGCCCCAAAGCAGACCACCUCGCACCCUUCCACAUGGACCACUAGCACAUUAUUUUCCACUGCUGUUCCACAAAAUAUGUCACAGGGAGCAAAUAUGCAAUUUAUCAUUCUGGUUUUAGUUCUGGCUUUUGUAUUAGGCAUGCUCUUUUUGUUUUUCUACAAAAGAAGAAAAAUAGACUGCUUAAAAAAACGUUUAAAGCAGUGCUCAGUACGAAAUCAAAAGGAGGACAGUAGAGCUAUAUCUUCUGAUAUAAACCAGCCAGAUAAACAGCUCCAUUGCCAGGAGACACACACAGACACGCCUAGCACUACUAAGACAGAUUGUCCAACUCUUCAGCCAGAAAGCAGAGAGCAGACUCUACCAGCUUCUGGAAAUCUAGGUCCUCUCCACAUAUACGGUGCAGGUACAGUGUUUGUCAGUUUGCUGAACCAAUUUAGGCUGACUGGAGGAGACAAGGAUGAAGAGGAUCUCCGGAAGCAGCCUUUAAACAACAGUGAAAUGCAGGGCCCUCCCUCUCCUACGGUACCGCUGUCAAAGGAGGAAGGGAACAGGGACAUCAGUUAUAUCUCUUUCCCCUUUCAGGAGCAAGGGAAAGAGUGUCACAUGUCAAAAGAAGAAGGAUUGUGAUGGAUAUAAACCUUAGCCCUUUUUGUUUGCUGUAUGAUUCUUGUUUAUAGUGCCUCACCAUAAACUUUGGCUCUGGGUUUUGGUUUGUCUGAAACAUGAACCUUCUUCCUGGUUGAGUUUUGAGCUCCUUUGCGACAACAAAAAGACUAUACCAUCAAACUUUAACCUGGAUAUCUUUGCCUGGAUCCUGUGGAAAGGCGGCUGUGUAUGUACUGUAUGUGAGCAUGUGCGGUGGGACACUGUUCAUCAAUGAAGAUGAAUGGAAAGCUCCAUUAAUUAAAGGCCUGGUAUAAAAAUGUUGAUGCAAUGCAUAUAUAGUAAAUGUGUUUCAGCUUAUUAGAAAUAUAUAGGUUUAGUGACUGCAUUCAAAAAAUACCAUGUAUUUGCACGUUUUGUAGCCUAAGUUAUUGCAAAUCUUUUUUUUUUUCUGUGCACCUCUGUAAAUGUGUAUAUUAAAGAAAGACAAUUGUGACAUAAAUUAAUGAAUUUAUGAAAUUAAUGAAAAGAAUUGUAUACCCUUCCUAUUUUUUAACCUGGGAACUUUUUCUUUUUACUUAUAAUGAAAUGCAAAACCAAUAUCUGUCACCCUAUACUUUAUAAGCACAUCUGCUCAUGGCCCACAAAUAGACACUGUGAAAAUAGGCUUCACAGAUUCACCACAAAACUGACUUCAGAAAGACUCUUACUUCCUUUUUAUUUAAUUAAAGAAAGAUGUUAUUUUUCAAGUUGCAAAGUUGAGUAAAGGUUUACAUCAUUUAUACAAGAUACACAUUUUGAAUUAUAAAAGUGAACUAUUUUCCCCCCACGACAAUACAAACAAAAACACAAACAGAAUUCUCAGUAUACAGUAUGGAUAACUUACUAUAUUCUAUGGGGCGCAGAAUCGAACAGUAUAGCAAAGUACACACCAACAUCUCUACACAGCUUGCUAGCAGGGUUCAGGGAUAACAGCAUUACAGGGUUUGUUUGUUUGUUUUUUAAACAAAAGAUAACAUUCUAGAACAACUGACAAUGACUUCUAGUAAACUGUUUUCAGUAGCCCUCCAAAUUAACUCGAAGUUUAUUUCAUUGUUAAAUUUAGGCCAUAUUGUAAAGGAUGUGCACUAUGUUUACUAUCAGUACAAGUGUUUGUGUGUAAUGUCCUCACUUCUCGUUUAGUGACUUUGCACUCAAAUACAAGCGGCCCACCCUGCAUAUCAAACAUUUUUGUUCAGGUGGAUCUCGCUUUGCUUUGAAUAAAUUCUGUGUUGAUUAUACAAAUAUGAAGGCGAAUAAGUAAAAA